CGGGCAGCGCGAAAGGCUGUGCCCCAGUUUGUGUCCAAUCAGAGAGUGAAUUGUGUGCACCGAACAGGGCAGCAAUGCGUAAACAACAAGCCCUGGGAAAGUCCUCCGCCCCCCUACACCGCUCCCUCCGCUCCACUGUGAGAGUCUUCCUCCUCGCUGACUCUCAACAUCCUCCUCCUCCCUCCCUCCCCCACCUCCCCAGUGGAACUCCUGUCAGCUGAACAGCAGCUUCAAGCGCACCUCGCUCGCUCGCUCGCUCGCUCCCCGCGCUUCCUUGCAACAUCCAUAAACUCCCGCGCUGCGUCCCCAGGGCGCUCCCGCUGGGCUGCUUGGGGGAAGGAGCCUCAGGGAAGCAGCUCAACCAAGCUGAUGUUCCCGAUCACUAAGAAGGGGGAGAAGAGAGAGGAAUCCUGAAGGGAUGGUUUUGCGAUGUUUGUGUUAAGCUUCGCAGUGCGAGACCCAGCGCCGCAGCAGCAACAGCACCCCGUAUCCUCUCUCUGCUGGAUAACGAGCGUUUGCAUUUGGCUGCUGCGUCGCUUCUGCCAUUCCGGAUUUUUCUAGCAAAAGCGCCCGAUGUCAUUACUUAAGAAAGAGUGAAUGGUUUCUUGUCCGGUGCAUCUCUUCCUAAGGAAAUUACCUUCAGCUCAUACUCCAAAGGCGGCUUGGUCGGCUUCCGCUUUUGAUUAGCUUGGAUCAUUAUUAUAUAAGAUGUCACAGGAAGAGGAGAUGGAGGAGGAACGACGCAGGUCCUGGAUGUGGCGAAGGGAGCUGUUCCAUAUCCCUUGGCUCAAAGAUGUCAAACGCUAAAAAGAAGCAGAGGUUAAGAACCAUGGCCCUUUGAGAACCUGCCUUGGACUUUGAUCAAAUGCCUGGAGAAGUCCAGCUGCACAGAGCAGCUCAUCAGCGCCUGUGAUCCUGUCACCAUCGCCUUCCAAAUUCACAGCUCGGGUCCUAACCAUUUUUCAGCCACAGUUUGUGCCACGAAUGGCUACCCAGAGGAAGCACUUUGUGAAAGAUUUCAAUCCCUAUAUCACCUGUUGUCUCUGCAAGGGAUAUCUUAUCAAACCAACUACAGUCACUGAGUGCCUCCAUACUUUUUGUAAGAGUUGUAUUGUGCAGCAUUUUGAAGACAGUAAUGACUGUCCCAGAUGUGGCAAUCAAGUGCAUGAGACCAAUCCACUAGAAAUGUUACGGCUGGAUAACACAUUAGAGGAAAUUAUAUUUAAAUUGGUGCCAGGACUUCGAGAACAGGAACUGAACCGGGAGACUGAGUUCUGGAAGAAAAACAAACCUCAAGAAAAUGGAGAAGAAGAAAAUCCAAAAUCUGAAAAUCCCAAAGAUGAUGAAGAUGGAGAUGAAAACCAAGAGGAUAAAGAUUAUCACAGGAGUGACCCACAGAUUGCUAUUUGUCUGGAUUGUUUACGUAACAAUGGGCAGUCUGGGGAUAAUGUAGUAAAAGGCUUGAUGAAGAAGUUCAUCCGGUGUUCUACACGAGUGACCGUAGGAACAAUCAAGAAGUUUCUAAGUUUAAAAUUAAAACUUCCAAGUUCUUACGAGCUGGAUGUACUAUGCAAUGGAGAAAUAAUGGGGAAGGAUCACACUAUGGAAUUCAUCUACAUGACAAGAUGGAGACUACGAGGCGAAAAUUUUCGGUGUCAGAACUGCUCCUCUUCGCAAGUCCUCUCUCAAGAUGGCUCUUUUUAUCAGUCUCGCCCCAUGGUACUUCAAUAUCGACCCAGAAUUGACUUCGGUUAGACCAAAGGGCCAGAUCCCACUGAGAUUAAUCCUGCACUAUGUUUACCCAUCGACAGAUUGCACAAUGAAUGGAUGUGCCUGGAUUGGGGGGGGGGGAUACCGCCCGAAUUUCAGCAUGCAAAUAUGGACUUUUUAAUCAUCUGAUCAACUAUAUCCCCCCCCCCCCCCGCACCAUUAGAAUAAGCCAAGUGCCAUUCUGCUACUGAAAUAAUCAUAAGAUAUUUGUGGUAUAUGCGAGUCAUAGCCAAAUUGUUAAAUGUAUAGUCAGGAGUCAGAAUCCCUGAUAUACUUGCUCUGCCUGUUAGGCACCUUCCUUUAGUCCAUAAUGAUGAUUACGUUAGCAGAGAUGGUCAUUUGCUCUUUCACACGUGGUGGGAUUUAUUUUUUUCCACAUUUGCUAUUUUACAGGAAAAUGUUGUUUUAAAGAAGUACUGUAUAAAAAGUUAAAACUAUACCUUUGGAAAUAUUUUGUAUAUAAUAUAUGUUUGGAAAUGUGGUGGUUAUGCCACUCCCAUUUUGUGUGUGUUCAGUUUCUCAUGGGUCCAGGUAUAGCUCACUCAUUAGUAUGCACUAGUCUCCAUUUUAUUUUUGGCAGCACUUGAAAAUGUAGAUUUUGUGUCAGAGAACUUAAAUGAAAGCAAUCUGUAUAGAACAGAAAAGGUGUACAGGCAAUCAUAAAAUGUCUCAUAGCCUCCUUUCACUAGUGUGUACAACUUACCUAGAAUUUUGAAUUGAAGGAGUAGCAGAUCAGCACACAUGCCGCAGGUAAGGUUAUUUGUCCUUUAAAAAAAAAAAAGUCCAUUACAUAACAAUAUUUUUAAAAAUGUACAUGCCUUAGGGAGAAACAGGAACUGUCAUAUAAACUUUAUCUAAAAACUAUGUGUUACGUGUCUUUGAAACGAUUGCCAUGACAGGCUUCCUUCUGAAAUUCAAACAUUUCUUAAAUAGUGGCAGCAAUCCAACAAAGAAGUGUGCUGGAUUCAGGCCACUGUGCUUAAGUAUCUUUGUGUGUUAUUUUAACCUGUUUGGUAAUUAUGUCAGCAUAUUGUAAAAGUUGCCCAUUUAAUGGCAUUACAACCACAUUCUACGGUUAUCUGGAAUCUAGAAGCUAUAGUAGAAUUGGUUGUCACAUCUGAAAGUGAAGAUGUAAUAUGGCAGACAAAGCUACCUGACCAAAACUACUUGGCUGUUUGGGAUUUUGUUUUGUUUUUCCUAAGAUGCAGUAGUGUUACAAGAAAUGUUGAUGGUUGCCUUAGGUAUCACACGUGCGUUCCUUCUUGUUUAAAAUGUUGUGUUAUGGUUAUGGAUAUCAUUACAGAGAUCAUAAUAUAUUGUA